AUGGCUCCCGCAGCGUCCUCUGUGCCUCCGCCCUUGCCUCCCUCGGUGGAGGAGGCCUAUCGCCGCAAGUGCCUGCAGCUCAAGCAACGGACCAUGGAAGUCGAGGAGGCCAACGAUGCCGCACGACUACGCCUUACCAGACUGCAGCGCCAGGUCGAGAAGCUCCGUAUCGAGCGCGCCUUCCUCCUCGAGCAGAUCGCCAAGCGAACCAGCGCCAACGUCGAGGAUUCUGAAGGCAGCCCCAGUCCACCACCAACCCCCCAGGAGAAGCCUCUGCGAAGCAAGCGGGGCCACCGAAAGCCCUCCGUCAUCGCCAACCUGGACUCCAAUGGCCCCCCUCCCACCUUUAUCAACCAGGCCAUCCAGCCCCCCUCGCCGAGCUCUGACGCCUACUCCCACACAAACCCCGAGGCCAGCCAGAAGGACCCGUCACAGCGCGCUAAUGGCGUCGGCAAGCCGCCCAAGAAGCCCAACAGCGCCUUUGACCUCUACUGCCGCGACCAGCGCCCGACCCUGGCCUCAAAGGGCGAGGACGUCAACGUCGAUGAGGAGCUCGCCCGCGGUUGGAAGGAGCUUCCCGAAGACCAGCGCGAUGAGUACAAGUCUCAGGAGACCAAAGCCGUUUCCAAGUACGAGAAGGAGAAGGAUGCUUAUGCGAAUGACAAGGCAAAAGCCGAGGAGGCAGCAGAGGCCGAGGCCGAGGCCGAGGAUGAAGCUGAAGCCGAAGCUGAAGCAGAAGCUGAGGCCGAAGCAGAGGCGGAGGCAGAGGCAGAGGCAGAGGCCGAAGCAGAGGAAACUGCCAAAAAGGCGAAACAGCCCCCAGAAUCCCAAGGCGACGGGACGCCUGCUCGAGAUGAGGACGUAGAGAUGCAGACCGACGACACACCGGCUGCUGAGGACUAG